AUGGCAGAGCAAUCGCCCUUCCUGCGAGUCCCGAGCGAGAUUCGACUUAUGAUCUACUCCCUCCUCUUCGAUGAUCGCAACGAACGUACAUUCGAGAUCCGAAAUCAAGAUCCUGAAGCCUACAAGCGUCGAGGCGCCCCUCAUGUGCGAGCGCAAUAUCGAGUUCUGGGCCGCGACCUUGUGCGCCAGAGCAAUGCGACAACCUACCAUAUGACAACAGACGUCGAGUUGCACGUAUCGAUCAUGCGUGUAAAUCGCAAGAUUUACGAGGAGACGGCACACAUUCUGUAUGGGAAUAGGGCAUUCAGUUUCGGCAGAGAUAUCGAGGCCAUCGUACCCUUCUUUUCGGAUAUCACAAAGCAGACUAGACCAAUGGUUCAUGAAAUCUCUCUGGUUAAACAAGGCUCGGUGUAUGCGCGCGAUUGCGAUCGUUGCGAAUGGAGCAGUGUUUGUGAUUUCCUGAAGGAUCAUAUGCAGCUUGGGAGUUUGAAGUUGACUGUUGAGGGAGGACGUCCUUCGCUGGGGUGGGAAGGUUUACCCGAAUACACUGCUUCGGAUUUCAAAACACUGUUGAACGUUCGGUAUGAGCCUUUGGAGUGGGUAUGGGAAUUGCUGUCUAUCAAAGGGAUUCGGAACUUGGAAGUGGAUUCGGAGAGUCAUCAUUGUCCGCCUUCGCACUCAACUGCAAUGGCUUUCUUUGCUUCGUUUUCCUCUUCCAUAGAGAAGGGCUUCACCGAGUUUCUUCGCUCGGAAAUGGUGGCUGAACCUUGA